ACAGAGAGAGCACUCAAAGGGAGAUGCACAGCAAUGGGGUCUUCUAAGAGUUCUGUUUUCAUCUUGGUCCUUCACCUUCUGGCAGGCGCCCUGAGUGAGUCGCUCAUUCAGCUGAAUAACAAUGGCUAUGAAGGCAUUGUCAUUGCCAUCGACCCUAAUGUGCCAGAGGAUGAAACACUCAUUCAACAAAUAAAGGAUAUGGUGACCCAGGCGUCUCCAUAUCUGUUUGAAGCUACAGAAAAAAGGUUCUAUUUCAAAAGUGUUGCCAUUUUGAUUCCUGAAAACUGGAAGACAAAACCUGAAUAUGUGAAGCCCAAACUUGAGACCUACAAAAACGCUGAUAUUCUGGUUGCUGAACCUAAUUCUCCAGGUAACGAUGGACCCUAUACUGAGCAGUGGGGAAACUGUGGAGAAAAGGGUGAAAGAAUUUAUUUCACUCCUGACUUUGUAGCAGGAAAAAAGUUGCCUCAGUAUGGACCACAAGGAAGGACAUUUGUCCACGAAUGGGCUCAUCUGCGCUGGGGAGUAUUUAACGAGUACAACACUGACCAGAAGUUCUACUUAUCCAAUAGGAGAAUCAAACCAGUCAUAUGCUCGGCAGGUAUUACUGGUCAAACCGCACGACCGUUGUGUCAGGGAGGCAGCUGUGUCGCCAAACCAUGCAAACGUGACAGAGUAACAGGACUGUACGAAAAGGGCUGUGAGUUCAUACCUGGUAGGGACCAGACGGAGAAGGCUUCCAUAAUGUUUUCACAAAGUAUUGGUUCUGUGGUUGAAUUCUGUACCAAAAAAAACCACAACAAAGAAGCCCCAAACCAGCAAAACCAAAAAUGCAAUCUCCGAAGCACGUGGGAAGUGAUCCAAGGUUCUGAGGACUUUAAGAAAACCGCUCCUAUGACAGCAGAGCCACCCAAGCCCACCUUCUCACUGCUGCAGAUCGGACAAAGAGUCGUGUGUUUAGUCCUCGAUAAGUCUGGAAGCAUGGUGGCAGAUGACCGCCUUAACCGACUCAAUCAAGCAGGCAAACUUUUCCUUCUGCAGACGGUUGAACAAGGGUCCUGGGUUGGGAUGGUGACAUUUGACAGAGCUGCCUAUGUGAAAAGUCAACUCAUACAGAUAAACAGUGGCACUGAAAGAGACAUGCUGACCAGAAGCUUACCCAUGGUGGCCUCAGGAGGAACGUCCAUCUGCUCCGGGCUUCGAUCAGCAUUUACUGUGAUUAAGAAGAAAUACCCAACAGACGGAUCUGAAAUCGUGUUACUGACCGAUGGGGAGGACAACACUAUAAGCACAUGCCUUAAUGAUGUGAAACGAAGUGGAGCCAUCAUCCACACAGUCGCCCUAGGACCCUCUGCAGCGAAGGAACUAGAGGAGCUGUCUAAAAUGACAGGUGGUUUACAGACAUAUGCUUCAGAUCAGGCUCAGAACAAUGGCCUCAUUGAUGCAUUUGGCGCCCUCUCGUCAGGAAACAAAGCUGUCUCCCAGCGCUCCAUCCAGCUUGAGAGUAAGGGAUUAACCCUCCAGAACAGUCAGUGGAUGAACGGCACAGUGAUUGUGGACAGCACUGUGGGAAAAGACACUUUGUUUCUCAUCACCUGGACAACUGCUCCCCCUCAAAUCCUUCUCUGGGAUCCCAGUGGAAAGAAACAAGAUGGCUUUGUAGUGGACAAGCAAACCAAAAUGGCCUACCUCCAAAUCCCAGGCAUUGCCAAGGUUGGCACUUGGAAGUACAGCCUGCAAGCAAGCUCACAAACCCUGACUUUGACUGUCACCUCCCGUGCAUCAAGUGCUACCUUGCCUCCAGUUACAGUGACCUCUAAAAUGAACAAAGACACAGGCAAAUUCCCUCACCCAAUGGUAGUUUAUGCAAAGAUUCGCCAAGGAGACUUGCCAGUUCUCAGGGCCAAGGUCACAGCCCUGAUAGAAUCAGUGAAUGGGAAAACAGUUACAUUGGAAUUAUUGGACAAUGGAGCAGGUGCUGAUGCUACUAAGAAUGAUGGUAUCUAUUCAAGGUAUUUUACAACUUACGAUACAAACGGUAGAUACAGUGUAAAAGUGUGGGCUCUGGGAGGAGUGAAUACGGCAUCUCAGAGGGUGAUACCUCAGCAGAGUGGAGUCAUGUACAUACCUGGCUGGAUUGAGAAUGGGGAAGUAAAAUGGAAUCCACCGAGACCUGAAAUUAAUGAGGACGAUCUUCAAGGCAACCAAGUGUAUUUCAGCAGAACAGCCUCGGGAGGUUCAUUUGUGGCCUCCGAGGUCCCACAGGCUCCCAUUCCUGACCUCUUUCCACCUUGUAAAAUCACUGACCUAAAGGCGAAAAUCCAAGGGGACAAUCUCAUUAAUCUGACUUGGACAGCUCCUGGGGAUGAUUAUGACCAUGGAAGAGCUGACAAAUACAUCAUUGGAAUAAGCACAGAUAUUCUUGAUCUCAGAGAUAAGUUCAACGAUUCACUUCAAGUCAACACGACUGAUCUCAUCCCAAAGGAGGCUAACUCAGAGGAAGUCUUUGUGUUCAAACCAGAAAACAUCCCUUUUACAAAUGGCACAGAUCUCUUCAUUGCUAUACAGGCUGUUGACAAGGUCAAUCUGAAGUCAGAAAUCUCCAACAUUGCACAAGUAUCUUUGUUUAUUCCCCCAGAGACUCCUUCAGAGACUCCUCCAGAGACUCCUUGUCCUGCUAUUACUGUCAAUAGUACCAUUCCCGGCAUUCAUGUUUUUAAAAUUGUGUGGAAGUGGCUGGGAGAAUUGCACAUAUAUCAGUAGCCUAGGGCUGAGUCUUCCUGAGAUAAACAAAUCAUCCACCCUUCUUCUGAUUAUAAAAAAAUUUCUAAAGUGUCUUCUAGACUUCCUGUACUGUA